AUGAUCCUUUAUUAGUGCACAUCAAUAAAUAAAGCAGCAUCUUACACGCUAUUGGUCGCCAAAAAGCAUGCAUAGUCACAUGACAUGAGUAAUGGCAUUAGGCGGCGUGCUGAGCCAAUGGUCUGCUCCAUCACCUGACCGCUAUUUGAAUAUUGAUGCUCCCCCAGCCAGCCGUCACAUUGCCUCGCCUUCCUGUGUUGUUGUUGUUUGUCAUUGUCCCAAACCACAGAGGAAGAGUUCCGUAACCAGCGCCGACGAUCAGAAUGUCCUCGCUGCUGAAGCCGUUUUCGGUGUGUGAGGGUCCGUGUGAGAGCAGCGUCCGGAGAGGGUGCCCGAGCUCGUCUACCCAUCAGCAGCCUCCGUCGCGCGGUCUGGCCGCCGCUGUCUCCGCGGCGGGGCUGGGCUCUCUGCCGGCCCACCAGCGUUCCUACGCGGCGAGGAGAAACCUGGCGGCUGCUGCGGUCGGGGGGAGGAAAAUCACGCAUCCUGGGAAGGCCAUCCUUGCAGGUGGCAUUGCAGGAGGAAUCGAGAUCUGCAUCACCUUCCCCACAGAGUAUGUCAAGACCCAGCUGCAGCUGGACGAGCGAGCCAAUCCGCCGAGAUACAGAGGGAUUGGUGACUGUGUGAAGUUAACUGUGCAGGAUCACGGGCUCCGAGGGUUGUAUCGAGGUCUCAGCUCCCUGCUGUAUGGAUCGAUACCCAAGUCUGCAGUGAGGUUUGGCACAUUCGAAAUGCUCAGCAACCCAAUGCGGGACGCCACCGGUCGGCUAGACAACACAGGGAGCCUCUUGUGCGGUUUAGGAGCAGGCAUAGCAGAAGCCAUCCUAGUCGUCUGCCCCAUGGAGACACUAAAGGUGAAGAUGAUCCAUGACCAGUGUUCACUCAGACCUCGCUACAGAGGCUUCUUUCACGGAGUCAGUGAGAUCAUCAGAGAACAGGGUGUGAGGGGGACAUAUCAGGGUCUGACAGCGACUGUGCUGAAACAAGGAACCAAUCAGGCCAUCCGAUUCUACGUGAUGAACUUGCUGCGCAAUUGGUACAAAGGUGACGAUCCUAGACGAGAAAUGCACCCAAUUGUCACAGCGAUGUUUGGAGCAACGGCGGGGGCGGCCAGUGUCUUUGGAAACACACCUCUGGAUGUGGUGAAGACCAGGAUGCAGGGUUUAGAGGCCCACCGCUACAAAAACACAGUGGACUGUGCCUUCCAGAUCUUGAAGCAUGAAGGACCACAGGCCUUCUACAAAGGAACAGUUCCUAGGCUCGGCCGCGUGUGCUUAGACGUGGCCAUAGUCUUCGUCAUCUAUGAGGAGGUGGUCAAACUACUCAACAAUGUGUGGAAGACCCAGUAGACGGAGGGUGACUGAGGUCCAGAGGGAAGCACAGAUCAGUGCCUCAUGCUACACACAACUGAACACCUCGAUUCUACUUCACACGAGCUCCUUGCAUUGACCUGAGCUGUGACAGUUCCACUCUGUGACAUAAAAGAAAUGAUUUGCAGGACGUAAUCUGAACAUAAGUGAACUUGAACAGGUUAAAAGGGAUGUUUUAGCUUUCAAUGACUGUUGUUACUGUAUAUGUUGUAGACUGAAUACUUUGUAUUGAAACCAUAAACGUGUCUUUUGAUUCACUGGAUACUUAUCGUACUGAGCGAUGAACUAGACGCAAACAAGCUCGCCGCAGUACUUUAAAAUGUCCAUGCAGUACUUCAACACAUCUUGGUGUUGUAAUUGCUUAUUUGACCGUGCUUUGUGGUUUCAUUGCACUGAAGCAUUCACAGUAUUUCCUCGCCGGUGACGAACCCUAGAUACUGUUCAUUCUGCUGACAACAAGAGUAUGGCUGCAUGAAUAUUGACGUAGCAUCCGCUCGUGUUAACCCACUGGCAGUGACUUGCAGGCUUGUUGAGGCUUCACGAACUGGUCUGGAGUCAGUCAGAGUGUUAACGCGCAGUCAUCAAGCACACGUUUGAAACACACUGAUGGAAAUAUGUAGCACAAUUUUUACAUGCAGUCUUUAAAAGUAGGAGAUGAGAGUUGGUUUAUUAAUAGACAUUAGUGAGCUCAUCGUUGCCAGUCUGGGGAAGAAGACAUUUUCGACAUGGGACAAGCGUGUGAAGGCUUUAUUUGGGAAUAAUUAACAUUAACGUGGGAGUUCUUUAAAGUGAAUCCACUCCUACUCAAGAUGACAUCAUGUAAAAAUGUCUAUGUAAGCCAUAUGACUUCAAUGCGCUUGAGCCUUCGGUGGUUUUCUUGUGCUCAUCAAACUGUCCUCUAGUCAGUUGUUGUCACUUUAAUAUUUGUUGUUUACCUCAAGCUAACCCGCUUCAUAAGCUUUUUGUACUCAGAUGAAAUUGUGUUAAAUGCACUAAUUCUUGUCUAAUAUAGUGUUUACAUAUACAUUAAGGGGAUGUUGGAUAUGUCAGAGGCUCAAUAACAUAAGAAGAGACUGGUAUUUAAGCAAGGCUUAGUUCUGAUCAAUGUAGUUGCACCACGCAGCCUUGCACAGAAGCCUUUUACUACCCUUUGCCAAACUAGAAACCAAUGUAACAUCCCUGACAGGAGCAAACAUUUAUUCCAUUUUAGACAAAGAGCGACAAAAUAUUGUUUAAUCCCUGUGUGUCUACCACUUUGUUUUCAUUCAUUAAUGCAUUUUUUUAAACACAUAUAUGCUUUCUAUGCUGCUUUUCAUAAACAGGCCAACAGCAUGUGUACAUCAUCGUACGACGCAUCAGAUUCAGUGUUGGGCGGGUCGAAGGAUUCAUCCGUGUGAUUUAUGUGAUCACAUGUGGAAACUGUAGAGACAGAUUUAGACAUGACAUGACUUCAGUGGUUUCAAUAAACUUGUGAUUCAUACACCU